CCUCCCCUCCCCCUCCCCUCUCCCCCCACCCCAAAAGGAUCCUUUGCUUUUUCUUAGCUUAGCAUAGCAUUGCCUCAGUCCGGGAACCUGGUGGGUGCAGCUUGGCAGCGGCAGCAGGGAAGGAAAGGAGAAGGGAGGUUGGGAUUCGGAAGGGCCCAGGGAGGCUGCAGAUUUGGAGGGGCUGGAGGCAGUGAGGGAUCCACAGCCUCCUUGGUCCUGUUUUUGCUUGCGUGGGGGGGGGACUACUCCCCCGCUCGCCCCCUCAGCCGUAGCUUCAACUUCCGCGGACCUGACAAAGGGCCAACGCAGGAUGUGUGUAAGAUGAUCUGACAGGCAGAGAGAGGGAUUAGAAAGAGGGUGUGGGGAGUAGAGAGGUCUCUGCUUCCUUCCUGGACAGAUUUAGUUUGGGCAGAUGGAGAGGAGAGCUAGUCUUGUGGUGGCAAGCAUGUAUAACUUGUCCCCUUAGCUAAGCAGGGUCUGCCCUGGUUGCAUUUGAAUGGGAGACUAGGCUUGGGGCCUCAAAGGUGUUGGAGCACGGUGGUCCCUCCCGGGGGACGGGUCUAGACAAUGCACAGCCGAGCCCAUCGGCCAGAGAGCAAGGGAUGCUGCUGGCAAGCGGAAGAGCAGCCCAGGCCGCUGCAUACUGUCGGGGUGCCAUCGCCGUGCCCAGGAGGAAUCAACCCUGUGGAAUGGGGUAGCUGCCACCACGCUUGGCCAGAGAACUGCAGGAGGGGAGGUGCGCCCUGUUGGGUUUGGUGGCUGCUGACUGAGUGGGAGCCACUGCCCUCCUGGCUGCCCAGCAGCCUCGCUGGAGGAGAGGGACCCUUGCUCUGCCUCCUCCUCCUCUGCCACCCCCACCUAAUCCUUCCAAACUUGGCAGGCCCAAGGGCAAGAAAAGUGGAGGAGCAGCCUGCCAAGGGAAGCCUGUCCCACCUGCAGCUGCUUUUGGCAAGUCAGUCAGGUGCACCUUGAUGGAUGGACAGUGGAGUGUUCCAGGCCAGGGAGCCCCUUUGAUACUUUGAUAGGUACCCCACCCCCUUGUGUCUGACAUCAGACGCAGGGGACAUGGUUUGGGGCGCGCGCACGCACGCACGCUUUGCCCGCGCGAGGGGGGGAAAGGGAGACCCCUUGGAUGAACUUUGUCCCCUGGCCACCGGGAAGCUUGCUACACUACUGUUAACACUCCCUCUCUUUUUAGAGCACUGCCCCAAUGUACUGCUGGUUCCACAGUCUCCACACAUAAACCAAUCAAGUCUCGUACAAACCCCUGAACAAUCUCUCUGCUACGUUCUGUCCAACUUCUCGCUCUUAAUGCUCAGCUCCAACUACCUCCACCUCCGACUCCAACAGUCUUCUCCUAACCUACUGUGCUUAUGUAAAUCCCUCCCUGCAAACAUUCCAGUGCCUGGUUACUAUGGCAACACACUCACUCUCCAGCUCCUAUAUGUACAUUCCAUCACAGAGGCUAUCAGGAUUGAUGGUGGGGCUAGCUACUAAAUAUGGAAUGGAGUUCCUGUAACGUGAUUAAUUUAAGGACCUCCCUGAAGCUCUUCAGGAUUGCCACCUUCUGACCCGAAUCUUGGAUCAUGAUUUUGGCACCCAUCAGUGAUUUUGGCUUCCCACUGGUGUCUCUGCUGGGUUCCAGCCCUAGCCUGGACUGUGCUUUUGGCCACCCAAUGGUAUUUCCUGCUUAGUUGAGGAUCCUGCUGCUGUUUUGCAAUCAUUCUGCUGCUUUGUGUGCAGUAACUGGCAAGUUACAACAUGCUAAUGAAACUUUCAGCUUUACGUUUAAUGCCUCUUGGACUAAACCUGCCCAGGAAGGAAGCAGAGACCUCUCCAUUCCCCAGAUCCCUCUGGGGUCAUUUACGCUAUGUUCCUGCAUAGGAAUGGGGAGACCACUCUCUCUCUGCCGCACAUCCUGUGCAUAUUCUGCACUGGCCCUUCGUCAGGUCUGCAGAAGCUGAAGCGAUGGCGGAAGGACCAGGGGCGGGGGGAGAAGAGAGCUUCCCCGCCCCCAUGCAAAAACAGGGCCAGAAAGGGUCAGGAGUAAUGCUUUGGCUUUGCAAGACAUAGUUGCCCCAUCUGGUCGGUUCCUGUCUGAAGAUGGAGGCUAUGGAAGAGAAUGACUCAGGUGGCCCGCAAGCAGGAAGAAGCCUUGAAACAGCUGAGGUUAGGAGCGCUAAAGACGGAUUUGUCCAGAAAAGCCUAUGUGCUGACAACACCAGCCCAGAUUCACAGCGCCAACGCUUCAGGCAGUUCUGCUACCAGGAGGCCGAGGGGCCCCGAGAGGUUUGCAGCCGACUCCACAGCCUUUGCCACCAGUGGCUGGAGCCAGAAAGACACACGAAAGCUCAGAUGCUGGACCUGGUGAUCCUGGAGCAGUUCCUGACGGUCCUUCCCCCAGAGAUGGAGAGUUGGGUCAGAGAGUGUGGAGCAGAGACCAGUUGCCAGGCAGUGGCCCUGGCAGAAGCUUUCCUCCUGAGCCAGGCACAGGCCAAGAAGCAAGAAGAGCAGCAGCUGGAGAGACUGGCAGCAGAUGUGGGUGGUGACCUCUCUGAGGCUGAGAAGGGUCAACUGGACACUGGUGAAAAGCCACCCUUCAGGCCGAUGUUCCAGGAGGGUGACCAAGAUGCCAACUUGCUGGGCAUUGGAAGGACCCCGGGACCUCAUUCCAGGCCUUCUCCUCUCGGUGGCACAAGGGAUGCGGUUGCCACGCCAUCACUGGAACAGGGACGGGUGACUUUUGAGGAGGUGGCUGUGUACUUUGCAGAGGAGGAGUGGGCUCUGCUGGAUGCUGCCCAAAGGGCUCUGCACAAGGAAGUCAUGGAGGAGAAUUCUGGGCAUUUGGCCUCUCUGGGACGUUUGGUUCCCAAAUGUGACCUCUCGUUCUGGCUGGAGAAAGGGGAAGGACUACUUGACGAGGACUCCAAGGAAGGAGAGGGAUGUGCAGGUGAUGAGAGAGAGAGAAAAAUGCAGUGGAGAAAAUCUGAAGGAAAUCAGCAGUGGAGAGAGAAAUCUUCUGUUUCCAAAGGAUCUGACAUGCAUGAAAUUCCUAUCCUGAAAGAAAGUUACAAUGAAAAGAGAAGGAAUAAGAUCCCUCUACAUGCAAAAACCUUAACUUGUAACUCAGAUCAAAGCAUGGAUGAAAGAAUCCACAAUGGGGUGAAACCAUAUCCUUGCUCCGAGUGUGGAAAGAGGUUCAAGCACAGCACAGAUCUUACUAGGCAUCAGAUAACCCACACAGAGGAGAAACCCUAUCAGUGCUCAGUGUGUGGAAAGAAUUUCAACCGGAGCACUAACCUUACAAAACAUCAAAUAAUCCACACAGGGAAGAAACCAUUUAAAUGCUCAGAGUGUGGAAAGAGUUUCAAGCGGAACACAUACCUUGCUCUGCAUCAGAGAAUCCACACAGGGGUGAGACCAUAUCAGUGCUCAGUGUGUGGAAGGAGGUUCAACCGCAGCACAAACCUUACACAACAUCAAAUAAUGCACACAGGGGUAAAACCAUAUCAGUGCUCAAUGUGUGGAAAGCGUUUCAGCCAGAGUGCAAAUCUUACACGACAUCAAACAACCCACACAGAGGAGAAACCAUAUCAGUGCUCAGUGUGUGGAAGAAGGUUCAACCGCAGCACAAACCUUACACAACAUCAAAUAAUCCACACAGGGAAGAAACCAUAUCACUGCUCAGUGUGUGGAAAGAGCUUCAGCCAGACCUCAGGUCUUUCUGUGCAUCAAAGAAUCCACACAAAGGAUAAACCCUAUCAGUGCUCAGUGUGUGGAAAGAACUUCAACCGGAGCACUAAUCUUACAAGACAUCAAAUAAUCCACACGGGGGAGGAAUCAUUUAAAUGCUCAGAAUAUGGAAAGAGCUUCAACCAGAGCACAGACCCUAAUCCACAUAAAAGAAUCCACACAGAGGAGAAACCGUAUCAUUGCUCAGUGUGUGGAAAGAGCUUCAACCAGAGCACACAUCUUGCAGUGCAUCAAAGAAUUCACACAGGGGAGAAACCGUAUCAGUGCUCAGAGUGUGGAAAGAGCUUCAGACACCGUUCAAGCCUUACACAACAUCAAAGAGUCCACACAGAGGAAAAACCAUAUCAGUGUUCAGUGUGUGGAAAGAGUUUCAACAGCAGCGCAAACCUUACACGACAUCAAACAAUCCAUACAGAGGAGAAACCAUAUCAGUGCUCAGUGUGUGGAAAGAGGUUCAGCCGCAACACAGACCUUAAUGCACAUCAAAUAAUUCAUACAGGGGAGAAACCAUAUCAGUGCUCAGAGUGUGGAAAGCGUUUUAGGCAGACCUCAGGUCUUGCUGUGCAUCAAAGAAUCCACACAGGGGAGAAGCCUUAUCGGUGUCCGUUGUGUGGAAAGAGCUUCAGACACAGUUCAAGCGUUAAAAAACAUCAAAGAAUCCACACUGGGGUGAAACCAUAUCAGUGCUCAGUGUGUGGAAAGAGUUUCAACUUCAGCACAAAUCUUACACGACAUCAAAAAACCCACACAGAGGAGAAACCAUAUAAGUGCUCAGUGUGAGUAGGAGCCAAGAUUUUGGUGGAACAACAGCCUGUUGUGUAUUCUCAGUUUUAAGUAACAUUUCUUUCUGAGAUGUUCUUAGUCUUUAAAAUGAAUUUCCCAAGCUUAUGUGGGAGUCUCCUGGCAGGCAGGCAGCUUUAAGAGCCCAGCCUUGUGAGACAACUCCAGACCAGAGUUAGGUGGAAAGAUCUGAUCCUUCACUUCAAUUAUUGAUGCAAUUCUGUUUUCAAUAAAAGCAAUUCUUUUUAGAGGACUUUGUGGUAUCUCAUCUGGACCUCCUUAGAUCAAGUGCUGAAUACGCAUGAGGUUUCCCUUCUGAAUCUGGCCUUUAGAUUUCUUCCACAUUUUACUCCACUGUCUCUUCUAUAGGGACUUACGAACUUGUUAUAUUUCCUCAUUACUGACUGAUUUCCCAGGACAUACAGAUGCAUUUUACGUCAACUAUCUGCUCUCAGAUCAGAAGGCGGAAGUAACAUUUAAAGUUGCUAAGUUCUGUGAGGCAGCUAAGAAGGCUAGACAACAGAUGGUAAACCAGAUUAUCCAAACGGGAAACUGCUGAUUAGGAUGAGUCCAUGUUCCUGAUUAUAUUAUGUAUAUAUUAUUGUUAUAUCUACUGUAUUAUUAUGUAUGUAAAUUUUGGUCUAUGACCGUAAAUAAACAUGAUACUUGAUUUA